UUUUCAGAAGAAAGUGACUGACUCUCCUGACACAAUACUUCGGAAUGGGUUGAACAACAGAUACCGUGUGUUGGAAGUCAAUGUAAUACAGACAAAUGGAAGUGACCCUGAGAAACACUUGACAAUCACAGCAUCUCAGUCACUGGAAAGUACAGAACUGUGCAUUCUUAGGAAUGGCUGGGAGUCUGUUCCGGUUGUUCCAGGAGACAUCAUUCAUUUAGAAGGGGAGUGUAACUCUGGUACUUGGGUCAUAAAUGAACAGUCUGGAUACCUCGUUCUUUACCCAGAUCUGCUGCUUUCUGGCACUACAAUAUCAAAUAGUAUUCGAUGUAUGAGAAGAGCAGUGCUGAGUGAAAGGUUUAGAGGCUCAGAGUCUGGGUCACGCCAAACACUCAUUGGUACAAUUCUUCAUGAAAUUUUCCAGCAAUCGGUAACAAAUAACUUGUCACAAGAAAAAGUAGAAGAAUUAGCAAAUAAAAUUGUGUAUGGACAAAAGUAUCUCAAAGAAAUGUAUCACUUAAAUCUGAAACAAACAGAAAUAAUGCAGGAAGUGGAAGAAUAUUUGCCCUCGUUUUUUAAAUGGGUGGAAGAAUUCAUGCGCAAUCCAGCUAACCAAAAUAAAAUGCAACUAAAACUGUCAAGUGCUGAAAAAACAGAAGAUAUUUCUUCUAAGAUAGAGAUUGUAGAUAUCUUAGACAUUGAAGAGAAUAUCUGGUCUCCCAGGUUUGGGUUGAAGGGAAAGAUUGAUGUUACAGCCAGGGUGAAGAUCCAUCGCCAGUCUGGAGUACAGACUAGGAUAAUGCCUUUGGAGCUCAAGUCUGGCAAGGAAUCCAACUCCAUAGAGCACAGAAGUCAGGUUAUUCUGUAUACAUUGUUGAACUUAGAACGGAGAGCAGAUCCUGAAGUUGGAUUUCUUCUUUAUCUCAAAACUGGUACUAUGUACCCUGUUUCUGGAGCUCGCAUGGAUCGAAGAGAAUUAAUGAAGUUAAGAAACCAUGUGGCCUUCUACUUAACACACAGUACACAUAAAUCUGCUGUGGGAAGACAGAUUUUGCAGCUUUCUGCUUUGCCUCCUGUAAUUGAUGACAGUCAAGCCUGUAAAUUUUGCUCCCAAAUGCAUAAUUGCUUUCUAUACAGCAGAGCUGUAGAGCAAAAGAUGGCCAGUGUGUCUUUUCCUCCUGCUAUGGUACCUGUUAUUGAAAGAGAGACCCAGCACCUGAAACCCUCUCACUUAGAGUAUUUCAGCCUGUGGUAUCUAAUGUUAACCUUGGAGCUGCAAAGUGGAGAGGGUAAAAAGGGAUAUAAAAAUAUAUGGAUGAUACCUUCUUUGGAAAGAGAGAAGGCUGGAGACUGUGUUGGAAACAUGAUCAGAGUUGAAGUGCGGGAAAUUUCUGAGGGACAGUAUCUACAUGUUUUCCAACGCAGAAAUGGUGCCAUACCUGGAACAAACCUAUUGGUUGGUGAUCGAGUGGUUGUGAGUGGAGAGGAGAAUGGUUUACUUGGUUUGGCUACUGGCUAUGUUAGAGAAGUCAGUGUGACAAAAGUCUCCUGUUUGUUGGGCAGGAAUUUGUCAAAGCUCCCCAAGAACACAAUAUUUAGGUUGGAUCAUGAAGAAGGAGAUUUUGGUGUAGGAGUCCCUUUUGAAAACCUUUCUAAAUUGAUGAAAGAUUCCCCAGUCAGUGAAAGGCUCCGCAACUUGAUAAUUGACUUUCACAAACCGUGUUUUAUUCAGCAUUUGAGCUCGGUCCUUCCUCCAGAAGCAAAGGAAACGGUUGCAAAUAUUUUAAAGGGUCUAAAUAAGCCUCAAAAGCAGGCAAUGAAGCAAGUGCUACUUUCGAAAGACUACACACUUAUUGUGGGUAUGCCUGGAACAGGAAAAACUACUACAAUAUGCGCUCUAGUGAGAAUUCUUUCUGCUUGUGGCUUCAGUGUUCUUCUGACUAGUUUUACACACACUGCUGUAGACAAUGUCCUUCUAAAGCUAGCCAAGUUCAAAGUUGGUUUCUUGCGCUUGGGGCGAGCUCAGAAGGUUCAUCCAGAUAUACAGAAAUUUACAGAAGAAGAAAUUUGCAGGUCCAAGUCAAUUAAAUCUGUAACAGAUUUGGAAGAGAUCUAUAACAGUCAGCGAGUGGUAGCAACAUCUUGCCUGGGAGUAAAUCACCCCAUCUUUGUUCAGAAGCAAUUUGAUUUCUGUAUAGUUGAUGAAGCUUCCCAAAUAAGCCAGCUCAUCUGUCUGGGCCCACUAUUCUGCUCCAAAAGGUUUGUGCUGGUAGGGGAUCAUCAGCAGCUGCCCCCACUUGUACUGAAUGCAGAAGCAAGAGAUCUUGGCAUGAGUGAAAGCUUAUUUAAAAGGCUGGAACAAAACCAAAAUGCUGUGGUCCAAUUAACUGUGCAAUACAGAAUGAAUAGUAAAAUUAUGUCACUGAGUAACAUGCUAGUGUAUGAAGGCAAACUGGAAUGUGGCUCAGAGAAGGUGUCAAAUGCCACUGUGAACUUGCCCAACCUAAAAAAAUUGAAACUGGAGCUUGCAGAUGUUUCAAAAACAUGGUUGAAAGAAGUACUUGAUCCAGACACACCUGUGUGUUUUCUGAACACAGAGAAG